AUGUUCGCGCUCUUUCUCGUGUCUGUUGUGGCAGAGGAGCGGCGUCCGGUCCGCUGGGGCAUUCUCGGCACGGGCAGCAUCGCCUCCGACUUUGGCCGCGUCCUCACCUCCAUGCGAGGCGACGCCGAAGUCGUCGCCGUUGGCUCGCGGAGCGGGGAUCGCGCGGCGGCGUUUGCGGCGGAGCUCGGGCUAGUGGGCGCGUGUGCGCACGGCUCGUACGAGGCGCUGGUUGCCGACCCCGCCGUCGACGUGGUGUACGUCGCGACGCCGUCGACGCGCCACGUCUCCGACUCGCUGCUCUGCCUGCGUGCGGGCAAGGCGGUUCUCUGCGAGAAGAGCAUGGCGCCGACGGCGGCAGAGGCGGCGGAGGUGCUCGCGCUCGCGCGGGAGCGCGGGCUCUUCUUCCUGCACGGCGCGCCAUCGGAGACGUGA